AUGUUACGAAAGCGCGCGGAACAGAAGCCGCUAGAUUCGCGCUCCAUUACCGCGGCUGCGCCUGCGCCGCCCGUCAACAUGGCGGCCACGCACGUCCACCGUGUCAAUGGCCUCCACUAUGCUUGCGCAACUACACGCGCGAAUCUCAACAGCAAAACAAAGUCUUCGCUACCGCUGUGUGCGUUCGCCGUACACCCACUAUAG